AUGCUGGAGUGUUCACCAGCACCUACAACUGUUACAACUCCUCCGUCACUUAAAACAGAAAAUGUAAGGUCAAAAAAGUCACCUUCGUCUAUUGAGUUGCAACCAUGGUGUGGACAACAUCUGACGGAUCAAGAAUCAGUACCACUGAAAAAUGUGUACAAUUAUGCAGAAAUCGAUGAGGCUAAGCCAAAAACGCCCAUGUGUCGGGUUGCUGAACUUGCACGAUACAAUAAACUCAAACAUGAGUAUAAAUUAAUGGAUGAAAGUGGGCCUGCGCACAGAAAGCUUUUCCGAGUUUCACUUAUCUUGACUCCUGACCAAGUUUUUGACGGGUGUGGUGCUUCUAUCAAAAAAGCUCAACAGGCAGCUGCAGAAGCUGCUUUACGGGAAACUCUGCUGCCUCGACCGCCUGCAAGAAAUCCAAAAAAGUCCGAUAAGAAAGAUCCUCGAAAUCCGUUGUUCCUGGUCAAUUGUAUUGCUCAGAAAAUGGGUUUGGAGCUGAACUUCUGUGAUGUUACUUCAGUUGGAGUCCCACCUCCGCUAAUGACUCCAUCAAACGGGAGACUACCUGUCCCAGUUUGUGGAAACUUAAUUCCUUUUCCGAAUAAUCGUUUUGGCGUGCCAUCGCAAGUCCUACUACCGUGUCCUUCAGGUCCUCGAGGUCUUCCAGUAUAUCUCAUGUCGAGACCCGUAACACCACGUCCUGCUUUUCCUUAUCCUUUUUUUCCGCGUUUGUUUCAGGUGCAACUAACAUUAGGACGAAGUUCGCCAGCUUUUAUUGGUGUCGGUCCUGACAGAGUUAAGGCAAAACGCCAUGCUGCUUUACAGGCCUUGAAUUUUCUGACAUCUAAACUCUCAUCUAUGGAAAAGGAUAAGCAGAGCGCCAAACCUGACAAUAAUGUUUCAGGUCCAACAAACAAAACUGAUGCUACUGAGAAUGAUGACAGUGCUAGAAAUUCGGCAGACGAUGAUCAGCUGUGUACACUAACAAUCGCUACAACGAGUACGGGGAAACCAAAAUCAGCUAUUUCACAGAUUCACGAGUGCGCAUUACACAUGCGUAUGAAUGUCGAGUUUGAGAUAAUAUCAGAGGAUGGCCCUCCUCAUAAUCGUCACUACGUUUAUCAAUGUAGGCUAAUUUCGUCUGGACAGGUUAUUGUAGCUGAUGGUGAAGGCGGCAGUAAGAAGCUGGCCAAGCAGAAUGCUUGCGCGGUUAUGCUGACUAAAUUAAAAGCUUCAGAAAACUCACCUAUUUUCAUCGCAUCUACAAUUUUAAAGUCGCAGAAGAAAACCUCUACACAAAAAGAAUCUAAAAGGAAGACUAUUGUUAAGGAUAUGAAAAUGAAUCCAGACUAUGGACAUCAGAUUAAUCCAGUCAGUCGUUUAAUGCAGGUGAUGCAAGCUAGGAAGGAGCCCGAACCGAGAUUUCAGCUAAUAAUGGAACAUGGACAGAACCGCUACAAAGAAUUCGUGGUUGAGGUUACCUGCAUGGAUGGUUUGAGAUGUAAAGGAACCGGUCCGAACAAAAAGCUGGCUAAAAGAGCAGCAGCUGAGGCGAUGCUUGCAGCAAUUGGUUACGUAAAGCCAAUGCCCAAACCUGGAAAAAGCUUGUUGAAAAAACGCAAUGAAAAUCAAUUUUCAUCUAAUGACGAAGCUACUGCUAAUAUAGGUGUUUUCAAUCCGAACGACUGCGUUCAGUCUGCGCCUAGUGCGGAUUCUGAAACCUCAAUGAAAAAUAUUGGAGUAUGGAAUGCGGAAACUAAUGAUUCGACGACAGUAAGCCAGAACAGUGCUAUUUCAGAAAUCACACUUUCUGUUACUGCUUCUAUAGGGUCGCAGGUGAUGACAUUUGCUGACGUUGAUCGGUCAGUCAAAACGGAAGAUCAAGGAAAUAUUUGGGGGAAAACAGUAGCAGACUUGAAAAAUGAAAACAAUGUUUCGGCUAAAAAGUGCGAAAAUGCAACAGCAAGAGCAACACCACCACCAGCUACUUCCACAAAACGCGUUACUUUCAGUAAUGAAGUUAGCGCUUGUCCCCCACCAGAUGACAGUAGUUACCCAGCACCAUCUAUAACUCCACUGAAAUCUGAUGUGGUUUUUGUCAGUAAAAUGAGAAGACGCAGUCGUGAUGCAAAGAAGAAAUUAACUGAUGAACAACGAAGAAUAGUUGCGAAUAUGGCUAGAGAGUUUUUGGCAAAUUGCAAAGAUUCUCAUAAAUAUGCUGUUUUCAGUUCCCCUUCGGACUUUAGUUCCAGUGGUAAUUUCUUGAUUUCUUCUGGUGAUCUUUCAAGUGAUAUUAAUCAGCUUUCGAUAUCAGAGUCCCGAGAUCUUUGGCCGUCUUAUGAAACAAAUGAGCAGUCAAAAGUAGAAACCGCUCGACAGCGUUUGGAACGCAUCGCUGAAACUGUUAGGUUCUCUAUUGGAUUCAGUGACUUCCCCAAGGUAGAGGACGACAGCGACCUGAAAUAUUUUUCGUUGGUUUCUUUAGGGAUUGAGAAGCCGUUGGUUUGCCAUGGGUGUGGGAAUUCUGAAGAUGCUGCCCAUGAUAAUGCUGCCUACAACGUCCUGUUAGCUCUUUCAAAUUACGAUCUUAUGCAGCCUUCCGAAGAAUCUGCGUAA